UUUUAGUUUCUCACCUGCAGCAUGUAUAAACUGUCGCUAACAAUCGCACUGUUCGGCAUUUUUUUCUGCCUGGGCUCGGCCCAAACCCGCGUUUGCCCUAGAAAAUGCGAGCUGGCAUUUCGCUGCUCACCCUACUAUAAGGAUUUGGUCUGGAGUAUUGUGGACGGCACUUGCCGUGUCUUUCAAAACGGUUGCCUGUUCAGCUCGGAAAACUGUAAUCGCGUGAACAGUUGCAAGACAAAGAUGGAACAGACAACACGUGAGAAGUGCAUGAAGUAUUGCAGUGAUAUCUGCCCGUUGGGCGGCAGUGGACUUUGUGCCUCAUUCGCAUAUACUAAUGCAGAUGGCACCACCGGAUGGAAGACAAGAUCUUUCCUCAACAGCUGUCUCUUGAAUCGAUUUGCCUGCCAGCAGGAAAUGGCUUAUAUCGGCGAGCCAACUGAGGGUGAAUGUCAGAAAUUGCAGACAAGAAGCAAGCACAAUGAAAACUGGACUAGCUUUUAAGAGUAAGCUGUUUGUAAUUCUCUUGCUAGCUCCAAUUGGUAUUAUCUAUGGACAACUGUUCACUUUGCAAGUGCCUAAUAAGUGUCAAGAUGUUUGCCCCACCAGAUAUCGUGUGGUUUGUGCUCUGCACGACGGCUGCCUGCGAACAUUUGCCAGCAGCUGUGUGAUGCGUAUAUACAACUGCAAGUACCAGAAGGAUUAUCGCAUCAUAUCUCAAAGAGCCUGUGAGUUUAUCAGCAAUGAAGAGCUCCAAAAGUUGGAACUCUAGCGGUGAAAGGGCAGCAACAGCAUUAGAAACAGACGCUAGAUGGCGCCACAGCCCAUGCGCAUGCGCAUGCAUCGCAUUAAAUUUCGCUUGGUGUUUGUGGGGCACACAAGUCGCCAGGAUAUACAUAUAGAUAUAUGCUGUCACUGCUGUUGCUGCUGUUUUUAUGUGUAACUCUCUCUCUGGCUAAACUGUUGUAUCGUCACGCCACAACUAAAUAAGCGAUAAUUCAAUUUUAAACGCAAUUUUUGCCCUGUUUUAAAAUACAUAUUUCAAUUGUGCGCUACUCUUUUUUCGUGCUCCAAAUUUA